UAUAAACAAGUAUGUCUGCCUCUAUCAUAAUAAGGUUAUGAUAAUGUCAAGAUGAAUCAAUCUACCGGGUAUCCAUUAAGCCCUACAAUUGUACAUUUGAAAAGGAAAAAGCAAAUAGAUUCUCUUCGGGUUUUCAUCAAAGAUGUUCGAGAAAUUCACGCCGGAGAAUAUCAUGUAUUUUUUUGUUCGGGAAAUCGGGAGUUGACUUUAAAAAUUCAACUACCUUCCGACUUUCCUACUCAGAAGCCUUUGAUUUGGAUUAAUCCUGUGAUUCAACACAACUGGGUAACCGACAAUGGCCGAAUAAUGUCUCCAGGAUUAGUGAAUUAUUCAGAGCAUUCAGAUUUGGGUCAGAUUGUGCAUUCAAUAGUACGAGAAAUGAAAAAGUUGCCUGAAAUAAAGUCUUAUCCUAAUGGAGAAAGGAGCGGCAGUGAAACAUUCCCUUCAGCUAGUCAGCAACUUAGUCAGCAACAGUAUGUACCAAUUCCUCCCUUCAUUCCUGAGUUAGAGAGUCUUUCAAAAAAUCAAAUUAAGAAUCUAAGUGAGCAUGAAGACAUUCUACAUCAAUUUGUUGAUGAGCUUCCUCAAGCUGAAGCAGUUGCAACAGAUGUCAAAAACCACCUGGAUAAUGUCGAAAAGAUUGCAAGGAAUAUUGGUGACCUGAAGAAAACCUUGACUAAUAAACGACAACUGAUAUUGCAGCACUACGAGAGACUAAAUGAGCUGAAGUUAGAAUGGGAUUCAUCAAGUACCCAGCACCAUAACUUGUCUCAGUGCUAUUUACCUAACAACAUUGAAUUUUUUUUUUUUAUGUUACAGGAAAGCCUUCGGCAAGCUGCAACACUGGCAGAUGAGAAAAGUGAAGAAAUGGCUGAAGUGUUUCUCUCCGGUCAAAUGGAUGUUGACACAUUCUUAAGCUCAUACACUGCAUCUAGGACGGAAAGUCACAUUAGGAAAACAAAAGAAGAAAUUCUCCACAAGCAACUCCAGGAGCUUCAGAGAUUAGGAUAUUGAAAAAGUUAAAUUUGUUGUGGGAUUCAGGACAAAUGCCUUCUCAUACAAAGACACAUCAAUAAUGUAAAUUGGUAUGGUAAAUAUUUAUUUCAAAUCUCAUCUUAUUCUCCGUAGUCAUUGUUUAUAGGUCUUUUCCUGGAUGGCAACUUAUUCCCCACAGAAAAAUCUUGAUAACCGCAGAAUAUCAGUGAUGAGAAUUCAAUUUGAAAUACAUGGUAUAUUUUUUUCCCCAACCAAAUAUGGUUUCUUCCUUUCCUUGAAAAUAUUAGCGCUGUUUGUUCUAUAAGCUGGCAUUAACGUUGAAAACCACUCAUCGAAAUGUAUGUGCGGAAUUUUUGUUGAGAUUAAUCCUAUGUACAUCGAUACUCAAUCCUAUCUCUUGAUGGAUUGUUUUCACUGCGUGGUGUAGUUUGAGAUAAGUGACACCGUAACCAUUGUAUUGUUUGGUAUUUUUGGAAUGGCCCAAUCUGGAAACUCGUUGAAUCCAAAUAUCACACUACCAAAGCUGGUAGUCAGCACACAAAUGGUGAAAACGCAUAUGAUGUUCAUGAAGAAACCUGCCUUCAUCUGUAACAGACAUUGUGCUUUCUUGUGACUUGGUCGGGAAUAAAUUACUUUAGAAGUUACCAUGUCAACCGGAUUCAUUUUCCCUGCAGCGAAAACUAUUGCAUUAGGAGGGGUGGCCACUGGCAACAUGAAGGCGUACGAACUGUGAAAUAUAAGAAUGAUUUCAAUUUUGCAUUAAACACAAAUUUUCAAUCGUUUUUCACCAAGUGGCCGUUGCAGGCAGCAUGAGGAAUAGCGGGUUGACUUGUACAGUAUAUUUGCCUAUUUUAAAUGAUGGGGAGAUAUUAUAUUGCAACUAUUGGAUACAUGCAUUUAAAAAUAUAUAGAUUUUCACUUACCAUUUCAGACAAAAUAGGUAAAAGGAUAUUGGCUAUAGCUGUGUUAGAUGCGCUAGCAAAAAAAAAAAAAAUGUAUGCCUAAUUUCCUUCCAUGAGAUAAGUAAAUUGAAGCUAUAGGCUAUGAACAUUACACUUCCGUUAUGGCAGCGGUCAUGAUGCAAAUAAUCAACAUUAUAGCAAAUGGAGGCAGGGCACUUAAACCAGCUAAUUGACUUCCAAGCCAAGUAGAAAGUCCGGAUAUUUUUGAGGCAUCGGAUAUGGCGAAACCACCACC